ACCACACAAUUUUUCCCGUCGCCAUCUUUGUUCUUUGUAAGAGGAAAAAUUAUUGCUCGUGAAAUUCACUAGAGAUUAAAGUUAAUUUUUACCUAAAAAAUACAUUGUAAUAUUUAGAAAUAGCUGAAAAUUCAUUAAAUUGCGAUAACCAAGUAUCUUGAAAGAAUUUUACUUGCUUUUGGAAGGGAUAUAAAAAAUAAUUUGGAAAAGUAUAUACAUAAAUAUCUGCUACGACGAAGAAAAUUUUCGUACCAAGGUUAUCAGACAUCAUUAGCGAAUAAAAUUUGUUUUAUUAAUCUCCAAAUAUCUUUUAAGAGUUUAAAACGAAGUGUGCUACAGUGUUGAUACAGCGCAACAUACAUACGUUGUGCCAAAGAAUAAAAAUAUAAAUAAACAGUUUUCUUCAAAGUUUUCUUUACAUUAAAUUAAAUUAAAAAACAUUGCUCAAGAAUGUCUGCAUCUAUUAGUAAAAUUCAUGUCACCAACUCUACUGGUUUAUCUUUAAACGAACGUUUCACUGCAGUGCAGGAUCGCCGUCGCGAGGUUCCAGAACGCGUUAUGCGACCACCGGCUCGCGAUACAUCAGUCGCAAAUCGCCGAUUACUACAACAAUUAGCUAGAAGACAUAAAAUGCAAGCAGCACUUAAAUUGAAACGCAGAAGCAUGCGUCCAAUUGGAGGAAGUUUAGCCAUGAGACGUGGCACUAUCAAGGCCUUGCGUGUAGCAGCCAAUGGAAAACCGAUCCGAACCAAUAGCCUGACCACCGUGGCAACUAUGGAAGCCGACUUGAUAUCAAACAGUCAACGUAACCUGAACAGAUCCCUCCGUCGAGCAAGUUCCGUUUCAAAUCGUUUGGGCUCACGCCGUCCGCUAGUAGGCGGAGCUGCUCAGCGUGUUGCUCAACGUCAACGUUUACAACGUACAAUGUCUGGCGCUGUUAUACCCAAUGAAAUGCAAAGGCGUGGACGAUCGCGCAGUCGGUCAAGAGCCCCCGUGGCGGUUAUAAAUUUGACACGUAGUCGUUCGCGCAGCAUCGGGCGCGUCCCAGCAGGUGGCGUGCAAAUGCGUGGUCGUUCUCGUUCACGUGCACGCUCAGUUAGCCGGGCUAAUGCUCGCAACCGAGCAAAUAUACCUGUAAAAGCACGUUUGGGGCUUCGUCCUGGUGCUAAUACACGCCCUCGACGUAGUACAAGUGGCGUACGCGGUGUUGCACAGGGACGUAUACAACGCCGGCGCAAUUCAAACAUUACUCCUGCUGCUAACGGACGCAAUGGAAUCGGCCGUCAGCGGGGAAGAACAUUGACUAGAAAGCCAAAUGCAAACGUUGUGGGACGUUCUCGAUCACGUACACGAAAUGGUACAAAGGUGGGCACUCAAUUACGUGCACGUUCACGUCCACGCGGGGGAUCUGUGGUUGGUCAGCGUAAUGCAGGAUCAGGAUCGGUACAAGGCGGUCGAGUACGUGGCCGUAGUCAACAACGGCGUGGAGGACGAGGUGCAACAGCUCAAAGGAAUGGUAAAGCAAAUGGUAAUAAGAACGGACAGCAACAACAACAGCAGAGACGUGGACGUAGUCGAAGUCGAGGACGUGGUGGCCGCAAUCAAGGUAAAAACGCAAAGCCCGAAGUUAAUAAGGAAAAGCUGGAUAAGGAAUUAGAUCAAUAUAUGGCCACAACAAGAACAGAAGGCAAUGAUUAUCUCCUUAGGAAUUAAAUCACCUUAAGAGAAUUACAACCACCGUGAAAAUAUCUAAUUUAGUUACUAGUGUUUAUUAAUUUUAUAGUAUAACAUAAACAUACAUACUCAAAUUGAUGUGCUUCUUACCUUUAAAAUGGAAAUGCUUUUCAGAUCUUAUGUAAGGAAAAUCUGUCAAAAACUAUUGAAUUGAAUUUGUAUACAUAAAUGAAUGCAAUUUA